GAUGCUCCUCCCUUAGCAACACUCCUACGAUCCCCCUCUUUCUUAUUUAGAAAUCAAAUACACCACAAAAAAAAGUCAACUGUUUAAAACAGACUGGACAUGUCAAGCUUGGUUUAAAAGGGAACCAGUGCAAGAUCUAGCAAAUCCAGAUUUGAGUCCAAAAUGAAUUUGUGGACAUCUGUCUUUUUGGUCCUGCAGCUGCUAUUAAACCUGUGCUCACAUGCUGAGGCCCAGACCUUAGAACUCUAUGAUCUUCUCACCUCCCCUGAUUGCUUGCCAGACCUGCUGCAAGGAGGUUUGGCUGAAAAAGGGGUGAAUGAGGCUUUCAUCUUGACCACCUUUAAGCUGCAACCAAAGACUGGAACCACUGUGUUUGGCCUGUUCAACCCGAGGGACAACAGCAAGUAUUUUGAGUUUACUGUAAUGGGGAAGCUCAACCGAGCUGUGUUACGUUACUUGCGGACUGACAAGAGAAUGAGCUCGGUUACCUUUAACAACCUGGUGCUGGCGGAUGGCCAGCAGCACCGGCUGUUGUUCCACCUGAAGGGACUGCAGCAGCAGGAGCCAGGCAGGGUGGAGCUACAUCUGGACUGCAGAUUGGUAGAGACUGUCCGGGAUCUUCCUGCUGCCUUCCAGGGUUUACCAGCAGGGUACGGUAUGGUGGAACUAAGGACAAUGCAAGCAAGGGAGCAGGAGAGCUUAGAAGAACUGAAACUGGUGGUUGGGGACUCGUUUGAAAACGUUGCAUCAUUACAAGGAUGUUAUUUUCAGCAAAAAGACUCAGUUCAAACUUUAGGGGUCAACACAAAGCAGUUGUCCAAUCAAAUGUUGGAGCUAACAAAGGUGGUAAAUGAGCUGAAGGACGUGCUCAUUCAGCAGGUUAAGGAAACAUCUUUUCUGCGAAACACGAUAUCAGAAUGUCAGGCUUGUGGUCUGGGUGGAACAGAGGUGGUGAAACCAAGAUGUGCGCCUGGUGUCUGUUUCCGUGAUGAUAUGUGUAUUGAGACAGCAAAUGGUGUUGAGUGUGCACCCUGCCCAGACGGAUACACUGGAGACGGCUUUAACUGUGAUGAUGUUGAUGAGUGCCAGUUUAACCCCUGCUUCCCCGGAGUGAAGUGUGUUAACACCGCCCCUGGCUUCCGCUGUGAUGCCUGCCCCCUGGGCUACAUCGGUCUGCCGGUGGAGGGGGUGGGCAUUUUAUUUGCUCAAACCAACAAACAGGUCUGCGAUGACAUUGAUGAAUGCAAAGGACCUGACAAUGGUGGCUGCACUGCAAACUCCAUCUGUCACAACUCUGUGGGCUCCUUUUACUGUGGCAGCUGUAAGUCAGGAUUCACAGGAGAUCAGGUGAAGGGCUGUGAACCAGAGCUCAGCUGUGGAAACAGCCUGACCAACCCCUGCGAUAUCAAUGCCGACUGCAUUCGAGAAAGAGACGGAUCCAUUUCGUGUCAGUGUGGAAUUGGCUGGGCUGGCAAUGGAUACCUGUGUGGGAAAGACACCGACAUUGAUGGAUACCCAGAUGAAAAACUCAAGUGCAAGGACACAAGCUGUAGAAAGGAUAACUGCAUGUUUGUUCCUAACUCUGGUCAAGAGGAUGCUGACAGGGAUGGCCAGGGAGAUGCCUGCGAUGAUGAUGCAGAUGGAGAUGGUAUUCCAAAUGAGCAGGACAACUGCCGACUGAAGCCCAACGUGGACCAGAGGAACAGUGAUGGAGACAGUCAUGGUGAUGCCUGUGACAACUGUCGGAUGGUGAAAAACCCAGACCAGAGGGACACUGACGGUGACGGCAAAGGAGACGCCUGUGACGAUGACAUGGAUGGAGAUGGUAUAAAGAACUUUCUGGACAACUGCCAGCGUGUCCAGAACAGAGACCAGCUGGACCGGGAUGGAGACGGAGUGGGAGAUGCUUGUGACAGCUGCCCUGAUAUCCCCAACCCAAACCAGUCUGACGUUGAUAAUGACCUCGUUGGGGAUUCAUGUGACACGAACCAAGACAGUGAUGGUGAUGGUCACCAAGACACCAAGGACAAUUGUCCACUAGUGAUUAACAGCUCCCAGCUGGAUAGUGACAAAGAUGGGCUGGGAGACGAAUGUGACGAUGAUGAUGACAAUGAUGGGAUCCCGGAUGUUUUACCGCCUGGCCCAGACAACUGUAGGCUUGUGCCUAACCCUGAGCAAAUCGAUGACAACAAUGAUGGGGUUGGCGAUAUCUGUGAGUCUGACUUUGACCAGGACAAAGUUAUUGACCGGAUUGAUAACUGCCCUGAGAACGCAGAGGUCACCCUGACAGACUUCAGGGCCUACCAAACUGUGGUGCUGGACCCUGAGGGAGACGCCCAGAUUGACCCCAACUGGGUUGUUCUCAACCAGGGAAUGGAAAUAGUUCAGACCAUGAAUAGUGACCCCGGACUUGCUGUUGGAUACACUGCUUUUAGUGGAGUUGACUUUGAGGGGACGUUUCACGUGAACACUGUGACCGAUGAUGACUAUGCCGGCUUCAUCUUUGGCUACCAGGACUCGUCGUCUUUCUAUGUAGUGAUGUGGAAGCAGACCGAACAAACUUACUGGCAGGCAACUCCUUUUAGGGCUGUGGCUGAACCCGGGAUCCAGCUCAAGGCUGUAAAGUCCAGGUCUGGGCCUGGAGAACAUUUGAGAAACUCACUGUGGCACACAGGAGACACCAAUGAUCAGGUGCGUCUGCUGUGGAAGGACCCGAGGAACGUCGGCUGGAAAGAUAAGGUUUCCUACCGCUGGUACUUGCAGCACCGUCCACAGGUCGGCUACAUCAGAGUGCGGUUCUAUGAGGGAACUCAGCUGGUUGCAGAUUCCGGUGUGACCAUCGACACAACCAUGAGAGGAGGGCGACUUGGCGUGUUCUGUUUCUCACAAGAAAACAUCAUCUGGUCCAAUCUGAAAUAUCGCUGCAACGAUACCAUCCCAGAGGAUUUCCAAGAGUUCAGCGCUCAGCACACCGUUGACUCAAUCUAAAGUCAAGGCUUAUAGAAGCCUCGAAAUCUACAAAGAGUGCAUUUCUGUGUGGGUGUAUCUGUAUGGAUGUGCAUGGGGUGACUUGUAUGUGCCGGUGUAUUUUUGGUUUAAAUGUGUUACAGAAACAUUAACAUAUAUGAGGACAAACUUGUACUGUAUGCUCUUAUUGUUAAGUCAUUUUUAUUCAAACCCUGUCUACUUAAUCAUCUAUUUAAGGUCUCGGUUAGAAGUAGAUAAAAUAGACACAUUUUCCAACUAAUACUAAGCUGUAUUUCAUAAGAUGUUAAUAAAUAUGCAGUGAAACCACAUUAUAACCUAUAUAAUUUGAUUAAAUGUUACUUUCAACCAGCUUUCAUCCACCUACAUUCAAUGAGUUUUUCUUUAUUAUACCUUUGUCUGUAGUGGUUGACAAGUUUAAUUUGUAGUUAUCUAAGAACUUUCCAUGUAUAGGCAAUUUUCCUUUGGCCUCCCUUUUCAUAAUGUGACAAAUGAAGUUAAAAAUGUUACAAGGACUCAAAAUGGGGAUUUUUUUUCAACAAUAAUUGCAAUUGCAAAUUUAUUCUCAUUUUCCUUCACACAAAAGCACAAGCAUGUAAAUGUUUCACUCCAGGGUUUCAUUGUUUUUCUUUGUUGGUUUUAUUGCUACUGUGGUAAGGUGCUACCUUCUAAUGGCGUAAAUGGAUCUGUCUGCUAGAUGGAAGUCUCAUAAUGAAAAUGCAGUUUGAAUUUAUAAUGUGCCAAAUAAAUGUACCUGACUUUGGACAGACUGUAAAAAA